GCGGCCUGGUGGGAAACUGGAGAAAUGGGUUUACGUCGUUCGAACUCGACGGAAUCCGGGUUUCGGGCUCCGUCCAAAUAUACAACUAGGUCUCGGCCCAGGCGAGAUUUACUUCGUUUACCGUUUUGUGGCGUAAGUCGACCUCUAAUUUUGCCAAGAGAUUUUUCGGGCGUAAAAAGCCGACGUUUACUCCGGCAUACGUGGCGGGUGUUAGCCCGGUCUCUUCUACGCGGUUUACGGAAUUCGAUGGAUCGAUUUCGACGAAUCUUUGCCACCUUUUAUUAAUUGCUACCGAGAACAAAAAAUCCGAUAAAAAUGGGGUUCCGAGACUCGGUCGUCGAUACGCGGCGGUGUUAAAGCGAUAACGUCCGUCCGCGCACCCCCGCGCCAUUCGUAGCGCCUAACGUCGUCGGAUGGCAGUUUUAAGAAACGAUUCGAGCCUUUAUAAUCACCCGUAUUUAAAUUUCACGUAACAAAGCCAUUUAAGUUUAAGAAUUUAUUCGGCAAUUAAUAAAUUCUUCGACCAGUUUGUAAUUAAACCAAAUUACGUAAGUGUAAAUAAUGUUUAUUGUAAUAAGUGUGUAUGUGUUACCAGGGGGUUACGUGACGCAAUAAUUCUAAAUUAAUUGACGUCUGGUCAAAAACUGUUGAGAAACAUUUUCGAAUAUUAUAAAUUUAAAUAUAUAAAUCACCUAUACGUAAGAUAUUUUAAGCGAGUCGUAUAAAACGUUAGUAGUUACGGUUUGUCGCCGUAUGGAAAAAUAGGCAGACCUCUUACAAAUAUAAGAAACGUAAAUUCUAACGACUGCGCUUUUUUCUUUAGUCUUAUAAAAUUUUUGUAUUAAAGAACGAAAUCCUAAGCGCGACAACAUUAAAAAUUGUAUCGCUGGGUUGGAGUUAUCCUCCAUGUCUCCAGACGGAUUUAUCUGGGUCGAGCGCUUUUCUUCUAAUAUUCUCCAUAAUAUAACCGAUAUUUACGUAUAGUUCCCCGUCGUAAGGGUGGUUAAAUAUACGUCGCCGUACGGUGCCAGCGUAAUUUAAGUCUAUUAUUAAAGUUUCUUUUUCGUCGUUUUAACGGUCCGUACAUUUAUUUCUUCUAUCCAUCCGUUUACCCUCUCUUAAGUGGUAGUUAAUUCCUACUGGAAAAACCGUUCGACCGAACCGCUUUAUCCGGAUUAAUAUCGUACGUACAGUACGUAUACUUUUUAUUAUCCUUAAUAUAAUAGUGGUGUGUUUCCGUCGAGUUUUUCUCGCUUAAUUGCCGGUAGUCGUUUUUCGCCCUUAUUCUAGAUCCGUGGUAAAUCUCCUCCGUCCCUCUUUCUCUCCUACCAGGAUCUCGCUACGGGUUGGCUUUCGCGGUUGCCGGUUAGUCCCCAGUCCUUUUUUAUAUACCGAUUAAUUCCCUUUAGGUAAUGGCGCCAGUUAAACGGGAAAUUUAUAAUUAUAAUGUUUCUGUUGUUUCUCUCGUCGAUCAAUUUGUCUAUUUCGAAUUCCGUCCUACCUUUUAUUUGACCAUCGUUCUUGGCUAUUUUUUUCCGUUUCUUCUAUGUUUUGAGACAAUUUUGUCGACUCUCCGUCAAAAUAAUUAUUUCCUUCUUUCGAUAAAUUAACCUCCGUUUUAAUUUCUUUUAGUUCGGUACGCAGUUGUGGAAAUUUAUCCCGCGUUACUGAGUAUCGAGGUUCUUCCCGUACUCGCGGUGUAUUAAUUUUCGUAGUUCUCCCAGUCCCGGGACCGCUUUUAUCAAACCAUUCCUCCGUUCGAUAAUAAUCGUCACUAAUUAGAACUUUCUUGGCUACCGCGCCCCUUCUUCGCCCGUCCGCUGGGCUGGCGCGUGGUGGAGAGGGGGGAAAAGGACGCGGCAAUUAACGAUAAACGUAUAAUUAAAUCUAAGGAUAGUCCGUUUACGCGUAUCCGCUUCCUGGGUUCGAUCGUUUUACAACUACUUACGGCCUUCCGACGCACCGAAUAGUUGGACACCUCCGGCGACUAGCGCACGCCCCCCAAUUAAAUUCAAUUAGAAAAAAUGUCAACCGUCAAUACGCGUCGUUACCGCACUGGACGGAGGGAAGGAUACGUUAUAAAUUGGAAACGGAAUCGGUAAUUGCUUGGAAUGCGCCUAUCCCGUAAAUACGGUGACGAAACGGUUUCGAAAAGCCCAAAAAUGUACGAGUAGUUAAGAUAUUUCGAGUUUUGCCCACGCCGGGGUAUCGGAGUAAACGCCCGGGGAUACCUUCGUUUUAAAAGUUUAAUAGAGGAAACGCUACAAUUUUUCGCAUCGAGCUUUAGGCCUACUUCCGAGUAACGCCAGAGGAAUAAUGCCGCCACCAAUUCUCCGAAUUAUGAAAAUGAAUAGACCGAUUCGUAGAAGGCAAAUCCGCAGAAAGAAGAAAGGAAUUUGCCAAUUUCUGUACGAAAAGUUAGAAGACGAGACUUUCGAUUUGGCCCAGUGGACCGACAAGGAUAAAGGAGAAUUCCGUCUUCAUUGGCUGCACGCGUCCAGCGGUUCCUGGACCAGAGAAACCGAUUCCGAAUUGUUCCGUCUUUGGGCUUUACACAAAGGAAGAUUGGCCGAUAUGGACAAAUACAAAACGUUGAAAGCCAAUUUCAGAUGCGCCAUGAAGAGUAGAUACGAAUUAGAAGAAAUUAAAGAACUUCCGAAUUCCAGGAGAAAGGACUUGAAAUUCUGGAGAUUCACGGAUUUUUCUUUCGUCAAGCAACAGCAGACGACGGCGGAUCCGGGCCAAAAGGAGAACAGAGACGACAACGACCACGCACACCGUUCCGAAAUAAAGAAAGCGUCCAGAAACUCCGGUAAAGUUUCCAAAUCUAGAAAGAAAACGAAACUGGUCAUCGAUUUCGGCCAAUCGGACGACGUGGAAAACCGAGAUUGCCGGCCCGGUGGCCUAGAAAACAAUUACCAGGCUGAAGACAAUUUCACGCCUCCGUUAAACGAAGAACCCGAAAUCACUUACUUCAUGGACAUUUUAGGACAAGACAGGAGCGCGCAAGAGGAAUUAAUGCACUUCCGAUCGCCCUAUUACGGCGAUCCGCAUCCGGUUUCCGUCCAAGAACCCGACUUCGACUCUACUUCGGACCUAGACCUGCUCGUCACUAAUCAAAUAAUGUCCCACCAAAUGGAUACGUUGGAGAGGGCCGUGGCCUACGAAUAUAAAGAGCCCGUCGAACCGUUUUAUUCAGAUUGCAUUCUGAAGAGAGGGGGCGCGUCCGUGCCCUAGCCCUUCCAAGGACGCUCUUCCCGCGGAAGACGGAGAAGAAGGAAAUUGGCGGACUUGGUGGUUACGCAUCGGAAAUCGAUUGUAUAUUUGUACACAUUUAAGCGGAAUUUCGAGUGUUUUGCCGAAAUUAAAAGAGGUUCUCGUUAAA